AUGUCAUAUGAAUCUAUUUGGCACACAGAGCCAAAAACGGAUGUGCGCGUAGCGUGGCGCCUUUCUCUUUUCUCCUUCUUCUCUUUUCUUCUUCUUCUCUUUUCUUCUUCUUCUCUUUUCUCCUUCUUCACUUUUCUCCUUCUUCUCUUUUCUCCUUCUUCUCAACUUCCACUCUCUCAUUUUUCUCAGUAUUAUCGCUUCUUGUUCACUAUAUUUUUCUUCUUCCGAUUUCUUUCUUUCUUUCUUUCUUUCUUUCUUUCUUUCUUUCUUUCUUUCUCUGGAAUUUCAGAAAACUCUAAUUUUUUUCUUUAUUUUUGUAUAUUCACAUCUGCUUCUUUUUCAUUAUUUUUUUUCUCUUUACACACUUUUCCUUCCCCUCCUCCUCCUCCUCGUCCUUAUUCUUCUUCUUCUUCUUCUUCUUCUUCUUCUUCUUAUUAUUAUUAUUAUUAUUAUUAUUAUUAUUAUUUCUUUUCGUUCUUUUCUUUCCGUGGUAUUUUAAACUCACUUUGCUUUUUCUUCUUCUCUUCACCUACUUGUGUUUUUUUCAUUAGUUUCUUUCUCUACUCCUCCUACUCUUCUUCUUCUUCUUCUUCUUCUCAUGAUUAUUAUUAUUAUUAUUAUUAUUAUUAUUAUUAUUAUUAUUAUUAUUAUUAUUAUUCCUUCUCUGGAAUCUCAAACUCUUUUAUUUUAUUUUAUUUUAUUUUUCGGUUUUUCUUUGUAUCUUCCGGUUCUUGUUUUGUUGUAAUUGUUGUUGUUGUUUUAGUUUCUCUCUCUCUUUUUCCUCUACUUCCUCCUCUUCUUUUUCUUUCUCCUUCAUUCGUCUUUAAAACUCUCUCUCUCUCUCUCUAUCUCUUUAAUAUUUGUUACUCAAGACAACUGUUGACUUUUUUGUUCUCUCUCUCUAUUCUCUCUUUAUUUUGUUUCUGGUUUUAUUUCAUUCUUAAAUUUUCUCUCUCUGGAUCAAUCUCUCUCUCAAUGUUGAAUUGUCUCUCUUUUUUUUUUCUCUCUUUGUAA